UCCGCGCAGUCGCGAAUGUGUGUUGAGGGAAAAAGGGACAGCGCCAUAUUGAGAGGGAUCGGUUUUUUUUUCUUUGAGAAAUAAAGGUUUUGAAUAUAACCAGUAGCAUUGGUUGGUAAACGUAUAUAGAUACAGCAGUGCUAACGGAUUUUUUUUUUUUGUCACCUGACGAUUCGUCACAAAUUCUCAACGUCGUUUGCGUAACUUCUGGUUGAAAAUGUCUGGCAGUGUAAUUCGAGGGCCUGCAGGGAACAACGACUGUCGGAUUUACGUAGGUAAUUUACCCCCCGAUAUUCGCACCAAGGACGUAGAGGAUGUGUUUUAUAAAUACGGAGCCAUUCGGGAUAUCGACCUUAAAAACAGAAGAGGAGGUCCGCCGUUUGCAUUCGUGGAGUUCGAGGACCCGAGAGAUGCAGAGGAUGCUGUGUAUGGACGAGAUGGCUAUGACUAUGAUGGCUAUCGUCUUCGAGUGGAUAAAACGUGCUGUUCAUUAAGAGAAGGAUCUACUUAUGUAAUGGUUACGAUUUUUUUCUGUCCAGGACUUCCUCCUAGUGGCAGCUGGCAGGACCUUAAGGAUCACAUGCGUGAAGCAGGUGAUGUAUGUUAUGCUGACGUUUUCCGGGACGGCACCGGCGUUGUGGAGUUUGUGCGCAAAGAAGACAUGACCUACGCCGUUCGAAAGCUGGAUAACACUAAGUUCCGGUCACAUGAGGGAGAGACGGCUUACAUUCGCGUAAAGGUGGAUGGCCCACGCAGCCCCAGUUACGGGCGCUCGCGCUCUCGCAGCCGCAGCAGGAGUCGCAGCCGGAGCAACAGCCGCAGUCGCAGCUACUCUCCACGCCGCAGUCGAGGAUCGCCGCGUUACUCGCCCCGCCACAGCCGCUCCCGUUCCCGCACCUAAACAUCCACAUCCCAGCUAGCUGGCUGGCCACAAUCAUAUACACCCUGUGUCGUCCUCUAUUGGACCCACUGUUGUACUUCAUUGCUCUUUUGACUUUUGUCUCUCCACUUUCCCCAGUUUGCUUUCUUUCAUCUUUGGUUUGUUAAUUGUUGUUUUUAUUAUUUGACUGUCAUUCUGCUAAUGACAGCUAUGUGUAGCUAAGUAGAUGUUCUCCUUUCUCUCCUUUCUUUCCCGUCAAUCCUUUUUUUCUGUCUCCUAUCCCAUGACGCUGUUGUGUCUUUGUCUUGCAUUCCCAUUUUAACUGGAUCUUCAUACUCAUCCCUUGUACUAUAUUUGACAUGUUUGACAAGGGACAUGUUAAAAUGCUUUAAAUAGUUGUGUGUGUGACAAAUUAAUUUGCUACUGUUUUAUUUUGUUAAUGAUGCUUCAUUACUGGCUUUUUUGGGGUGGGAUUAUUUUUUCGUUGGAAAACUGUUCUACUUUUACCUUUUCAUGUCUUUCUAUAGACAACAGAAGAGCAGGAUUAAAGAAAGCUUUGGAAUAAAGGAUUUUGAAGCACAGUUCAUUCAUAUUAGGAUAUUUGGAGGAGGAGGAGCAGGCAUUUCAUUUAAGGAGGCAAUGGUAUGACGGCAAGUGGCUUUAGUCACCUUCAAAAAGGCAGUUGUUUUUCUACAGACUUCUAGUACUCUGGAUUUUCUUAGUUCAGUAACACAUUAGUUUUGCUUUGCCAUUCUUCCUCCCUUCACAACACUCCCCUUCCCCGUUUAAUUUACCUUUUCUCACUGGUCAUUGCUGCUAAGCAUGCAUGUGUACUGUCUGGAUGUUGCGAUGCUUGUACGUACAUUAAGACAGCAUUGUUUUUUUAUUUUUUGGGUGUUUCGUUUUUAAAUACAAAAA